GCGUUUGUUUACAUUGUUUUGUUUGAAUUUUCCGUAACAAUUUUCGUUAUUCGUACGAACUACAAACAUUUCGUUGAACCAUUAAUUUAUUGUAUCCGUACUGCUUUGUUAACUACAUAUUUUUCAAUUCAAUACUGUGCAAAUGUGUACAUCAUCGUUGCCGUUUCAAAUGAUUUACAUGUCAUUGAAAUAAUAAUUAUAUUUUUAUUCACCACGUCUACAUUACUAUAUCUAGCCCAAAGAAAAUAAGAAGUACCGCCGGACCAUUAUUCCAUAGAUAAUUAACACACCACUGAUUAUUACAAGCAAUGAUUGCUAUUUUUAAAAAAUGGAACGAAUCUUGACAAAAAUCAAAUACAGACUCCAGGUGGUAAAUCAUGUGGGCAGAAUGAGCCGGAGUCGUAGAAAACUGUUAAUUUACGGACUGAUUGCGGGCACGAUUUUGCUGUUUGUGUACAACCUACGCUCGUGUCCCAAACUUGCUGAGCAAAAUGUGUUUAUGAUACCAAAAGAUAAAUUCGUUACUGACAAAAACUUGAAGACAUACACUUACGACCGAGACAUGCCGUUGAUAUUCAUCGGCGGCGUUCCUAGGUCCGGCACGACUCUCAUGAGAGCAAUGUUGGACGCACAUCCGGACGUCCGGUGCGGUCAAGAGACUCGGGUUGUGCCGAGAAUUCUGCAAAUGCGCAACCACUGGUACAAAUCGGCCAAGGAGUCGUUGCGGCUUAAGGAAGCUGGAGUGUCUGAGGAAGUGGUCAACUCGGCCGUCGCUUCGUUCAUUCUGGAAGUUAUCGCCCGGCAUGGUGUGCCGGCGCCUAGGCUAUGCAACAAAGACCCAUUGACGCUCAAGUCAAUGGACUAUUUGAAAGUGUUGUUCCCAAACGCCAAAUACAUAUUUAUGGUGCGUGACGGCAGAGCUACAGUGCAUUCUAUUAUAUCACGGAAAGUGACAAUCACUGGUUUUGACUUAACUAGCUACAGGCAGUGUUUGGAAAAAUGGGACGACGCCAUCAGUAUUAUGUACAAAAACUGCCGGAAAGUCGGUUCAUCGCACUGUAUGAUGGUGUACUACGAGGAACUCGUACUGAAGCCUCGCAAUACUUUAACGAAUAUACUGAAGUUUUUGGACAUACCGUGGAACGAAACAGUGCUCCAUCACGACGAAAUGAUUAACAAGCCCGGAGGCAUCGCCCUGUCGAAGGUGGAACGAUCGUCCGAUCAAGUGGUGAAGCCUCUGUACCAGGAAGCGUUAACCAAAUGGGUCGGUAAGAUUCCGGACGAUGUGGUGGCUGAAAUGGACGAAAUUGCGCCUAUGUUGUCCGUGCUUGGAUACGACCCCAAUUCCAAUCCGCCAACCUAUGGAAUUCCGGAAAACGAACAACGAAGCACUAGUUCUAAUCUAGAUUCUCCACAAGAAAAGUCAUCCGCAAGAUAGUUAUUUGUAAAUACUAUCAGUAAUAGAAAUCGACUUUUUUUAAUCGUGUUAAUUAAUUGUGUAUAAUAAAAAAAAAUGAAAUUAUUAUCUAGUGCCUGUGUACAUAUAUUUCCUCAUGUUGGGUAUUAUAGUUAAAUAUUAUAUUAUAUUUUUUUUUGUACUUAAAUUAUUAUGUUGAACAAAUAAUAGGCGCAUUUCCUGUACAUUUUUUUAAAAAUUAUAUGUUAUUUAUUAUAAAUAAAAUGUAAUUGACAAUCUCUUAAAAAUUUACAACUAUUUGAAUAAU